AUGUCGGCCAAGACAGGCACAAAGCGUUCGAUCUCGGGCGAAGUCGACUACAAGUCGAACAAGAAGCCCAAAUUCGACAAGGACACCAACAGCAGCAAGAAGUCCUACCAGAACGGCAGUGGAGGCAAGGACUACACGCACAAGAACGCAAAAGAUGUCAAGCCUGACGGAGACUCGAAAGAGACGUUCUUGAAUGGCAAAUCCUCCCGCGACGCCCACCGCGAGCAAAAGUCCCUCGCCCUCCAGCGCAAAGCCGCCAAGCCCAACGCCGACAUCAUCCACCGCAGCAAGAAGAUCUGGGAGCGCCUACGCCGGAAGUCUCACGUUCCCAAACCCGAACGCACCGCACUGGUGAAAGAGCUUUUCGAGAUCCUCGAUGGGCGAGUCAAGGACUUUGUCUUCAAGCAUGAUUCCGUGCGGGUUGUGCAGUGCGCGGUGAAGUAUGGCACAAAGGAGCAGAAGGUAGGGAUCGCGAGGGAGCUGAAGGGGAAGUAUCGGGAGUUGGCUGAAAGUCGGUAUGCGAAGUUCUUGGUGGGGAAGUUAGUUAUGGUGGAUGAUGAGUGUAGGGAUAUCGUGGUCGAGGAGUUUGGGGGCGGAGUCAAGAGGCUGAUCAGGGGCAGCGAGAGUGGAUGGAUACUGGACGAUGUGUAUAGGGGAGCGGCUACGAAAGAGCAGAAGGCUCUGUUGUUGAGGGAGUGGUAUGGGCCUAGUGUUGGCCUAUUGGACGGUGGAGAGGGAGAACUGGCUACAACUGGGGACCUGAAGGUCAUUCUCGAGCAGAAACCUGAGUUGCGUGGCCCAGUCAUGCAGCAUCUCAAGGAAAUGUGCAAUCAGCUGGUGCAGAUGAAGAAAACCGGCUUCACAAUUCUUCACGACGCCCUGUGGCAGUACUGGAGCAAUUGUGUACAAGGAGGGCCAGAAGAGAAGGAAGUCAUGGACUGGCUACGAGACGACGAAGAGGGAGAUCUGGUCAGAAACCUGGCAUUCACACCAAAUGGAGCUCGACUGCUCUCCAUGUGUCUCGCUGCGGGUGAUGCGAAGUACAGAAGAGGCAUUGUUGGAUCGCUAAAAACCCACGUCAGAGCAUUGGCCGCUGAUGCCAACGGUGCUCGGCUACUGGUCGCUGUCAUGGAAGUCAUGGACGAUACACGAGAAGUGAACAAGACCCUCUUUAAAGAGCUGCUGGCCAAGGAGAUGGAUGACGAGCUACGAAAGCACGAACUGCUCGCCGAGGUCAACCACCUCGUCUCACGAAUACCCAUUCUCUGGCCGUUCAACGCCAGUCCUCCAAAAUGGCUCACAGUCGAAGAAGACCUCAAGCUCGUUGCAGAGGUCCGAGAACGUCGUAAGGAGACCAGCAAGAAAGAUCCCGAAAAGAGAAGAGCCGAGCUCGUCGAAGCCCUCAGCCAGCCACUGUUCGACUUCAUCACCUCCAGCGCUACUUCCCUGAUCGAGACCGGAUAUGGCUGCCAAUUGGUGGCUGAGGUUCUGCUCAAUGGCACGGGCAACAAGGAAGAUGCAUUGCAGGCAAUCGCGACUCUGGCCGAUGGCUCGGCAGAUGAGAUUCUGCAGGCACCUCAUGCAGGUCGCCUAUUGAAGACGCUGGUAGUGGGUGGACACUUCGAUAAAGCGACAGGCCAAAUCAAGCCCAUCGAGCCGCCUCUGAACUUCCAUGACCGUCUCUACAGCACCAUCACGGCUGAAGAUCCUGGACGGAUCAUACAGUGGGCCACCGGGCCUAGCUCCUUUUCUGUCCUGGCAAUGCUGGAAGCCUCAGGUUUUGAGCAUUAUGACGCUCUGAUGCAGCUCCUGCGAUCGCGGAGAUCUGAGCUUGAAGUCGACAAUGUUGGCGCACGCAAGAUCUUGGAGCUGGUAGAUGUGCAAGAACAGGCGGAAGAGAUCCCGGUGAAAGCGAAGUCGUCUAAGAAGACCAAGAAGUCGAAGUCAUAG